UUCAACUGUCCCGUGUGGCUUUAGCCCCGCCUCUUCAGGAGCUGGCAUUGCUUCGGGAUUCCGUGUGAUUUUUUUUCCUUUUUUUUUUACCUUCCUGUAAAUUUAAUUUCCCCAAAUCUCCGGGAACUCCAAGCAGAGAGCUGUCAGCGCACGUCCGGGUGGUGUUACAUGCCCGGCUUCAAAAGCUGGCUUCAGCUUUAGCAAUGGACCUGAGGGAUUCCAGAGGAUCCCUGGUGAGAGCCGGGCUGGUGGGGCUGGUAGUUGGGGCUGGGGUCUGUUACUGUGUUUACCGAGCAACCUCCAGGAAGAGAACAAAUGAAAUGGGAGGAGAAGCAAUCCUGGAGGGAGAAAGCAUCCAGAAGGAACAUAAGGAGCGAGUGGGGUCCACCUCCUGGGGGAAAGCCCAGCUGACGACCCCACAACAGGCCCCAAUCGUGGACGUUAAUAUUUGCUCCCGCACAGGGCAGAGACAUUCUAACCAUCUCCAGCAAGCAGGCAUGAAUUUUCCAGUAUCUGCUGAUGGUCUAACAACAAACCACAUACAGAAUCUUAUUUAUUUACUGGAAUCUGUGGAAGAUCCCUUAAUUCAGGAACAAGUCCUGAUUACACUGAGCAACAGUGCGGCCUUCUCUGUCAAUCAGGAUAUAAUUCGAAAUUUAGGGGGCCUUUCUGUUGUUGGAAGCAUGCUUUCAGUUCCAGCUGCUAAUGUUAAAGAAAAAGCACUGAAUGCUCUUAAUAACUUGAGUAUGAAUAUUCAAAAUCAAGCAGAACUAAAAAGAUACAUUAAUGAAAUCUGUGAAGAGACCAACUCCUCACCCUUGAACUCUGAACUGCAGCUGAGUGGUCUUCGCUUUUUAACCAAUAUGUCCAUUACCAACGACUAUCAGUACAUGAUGACUAGCUCCAUUCCGUGCUUCCUCCGUUUGCUUUCAGAUGGAGAUGAACGAACACAGACUCAGGUUCUAAAAGUGCUUGUGAAUUUAUCAGCAAACCCAGCUAUGACAGAACAUCUUCUCAAUGCUCAGGCACCUUUCCUGUUAUCCCUGUUUGACAGCUGCAUCAACAAAGAGGUCCUACUCAGAGUCCUGAUGUUUGCCACAAACUUGACACAGCAUAUGAAAAAAGAAGAGAGUGCUGUUGUCUCAUGUCACAGUGAAGAUUCAAUUUUUUCCAUGCUUUGGGGGAAUUCAACUAAGUGUUCUCAAAAACUGGCAUCUCUAGUCCUUCACCAUGACACAGAAGUCAAGGAACAAGCUGCCAAAUUAAUAACACAAGGAACAAGCUGCCAAAUUAAGUAAUUUAUCAGAUUGAAAUGUCCUGAAUUUAAUAUCCUGAAUUGUAUAUGAAAAAGUAUAAAUUUCAGUAGUCUGACACAACUCCUUGUGAGUGUGGGAGCUCUGGUGUACAUAUGUGCAAAGACUACAUUCACUGGCCUUGUGAUACAGCUCCAGGGGUGUGGAGUCAGGUCAGCAGAAAUUCUAGGUGGGGGCACAGCAGUCCGGAGAAAAGGGUAUGGAAGACAGUGUCUGCCCCUCAGAACUGCGGAAUAGCAGCCUUUCAGCCUUUUACACUGGGACAUCUACUACAACCUUGAAAGAAGUUUAUUCAACUGCUACCAGAAUGUAAUGGAUUAUUGUAAUUAUUUACUAUGCACACUCAAGCAUUUAUUUAUUGUUGCAGCUAAAUUUAGGAUUACGCUAGGAGGGAUCAGAAUACAUAAUUAUUUGCACUUUGUUUUGAACAAUUGAACCUGCAAAGUUUUUAACUAGUAGGGUUUUUUAUAUUAUGCUAUUAAAUGGAGCUGCAUAAGCCAUAUAGUUAAAACAAUUAUGUACAUGUAUGUGAUAUAAGUAUUGCAUACUUGAUUCUACUUGAAAAAGAUCUAUCUUUAUGC